AUGCCUUUAACGAGAUCACAAGGAUCCAAUCCCCCUUCAGAAGGUGAACGAGAGCCGGUUACUACCCCUCCUUCAUUAACGGCCUCUGAAAUUGAAGCCCUUAAUCGCAAGCUUAAUGAGAAAGAGAAACAACUCCAAAUGCAAGCAGAAACACUAAAGAAAAAGCAAGAAGAAAUGGACAGGAUCCGCCAGCAACUAGAUGACGCACAAGAACAAAUACAAGAUGACGUGCCUGAAAUCAUUAAUGCAAGAAUGACCCGUUUAGAACAGACCAUAGCAUCAUUAGCUACAGAGUUACCAGAAUUAUUGAGUUCCAUGUCGAGACACAUUUCAGAAAUACAAGAGAAUUCUCAUUGCUCUCAGCGAAGCAACGAGCGUCGGGAUAACACUCCGCGACCUAAAUCACCAGAAUCGCACUAUAUACGGCUUAAAGAUGUUAUUGAUAGUAUCCCUAAAUACGAUGGCCAUAAAAUGUCUGUUUUCCAAUUUUGUAAAAUAUGCGAAAAGGCUCUUAAUCUUAUUCCAACAUGGCAGGAAUACCAUCUGGUGCAAUUAAUAAUAAAUAAACUAUAUGGUCACGCAUAUUCAGCCAUCGAAGGGACAGAAUACAAUUCGGUAUUUGAGCUGACUCGAAGACUACGAAGGAUUUUUGGACCCAAUAAAUCCUGCGAUCAGUAUAGAGGCGAAUUGGCCAAUAUUUAUAUGAGACCUAACGAAAAUCUGUUCGACUACAUAGAGCGUGUAAAAGAGUUACGCACCGCCAUCAUAGAUGAGGAAACCUGCAUGACCGGAUAUAUCGAUCCCUCCAUACGAGAUACCAUUGAAGGGAACGCCAAAGAAAGCUUUGUUAACGGGCUACCGUCCGAUCUUCUGAUAAGAGUAAAAUUGCAAGGAUAUUACUCCUUAGACGAUGCCAUUAUGACAGCUAUCCAAUUAUCAAAGCAGUUGGAAGCCGAGAAUUUGAGGAAACGCAACACGAUUCUUAAACCGCCACCUAUGAUGCGAGCUGACGUUUAUAAUGGAGGAAAACGUCCUCCAGAUAAUAGUAGGGAUAUGCCGCAUAACAAACCCCCUGUUGCCUCCCAAGCCCCUUUCAUCAAACCCUUGAUCCCGGGACCACCAGGUCCCAACGCGCCUCAGAUUUGUUUUUACUGUAAAUCACCAGGUCAUUUUAUGAGAGAUUGCCAGAAACUUUCGUUCGGGAAACUUGAGAAGCGCCCCGGUAAUGAGCGGCGUCCGCCGGGAUGCAGCUCCUAUAGGACGCCCGUCAACGAGCGUGUUAACUGUGAAGGAACCGGAAAUUGCCCCUCUGCCUACAUCGCCCGAAUAAAUACGGAAAUUAAGACCAGCUGUUAUCCAAUGGUGACGCUAUCGUCCCCAGAUCUUCUGAGGCGAUGUGUCUUUAUGAUUGACUCUGGCUCAGGAGUAAACCUCCUCAAAGAGAGUUCAAUCGAUAUAACGAUCCCAUGGGAAGACGAACGAUCAUACCUGCUUCACGGAAUAUCUUCCCUACCUGUCGAAACUUUGGGAUCCGUUUUAAUACAACUUGUGGGCAAACCUACGCUUUUUCACAUCGUUCGAGAUUCUGUUGGAUUUGUUCAGGAUGGAAUUUUAGGCAAUCAAUUUCUUCAGGAUCGAACUGCUAGCAUUAAUUUCAGGGACCGUUAUCUUCAUUACGACAACAGCGCUAUUCCGUUUUCUGAAAUAACUAGUACUAAGAUAACGAAGAGAACUAUCUCACCCUUCUUCGUGAAUGUUACCAACCCCGAGAAAACUAGUGGAUACAUACCUCGUACCACUCUGACGAAAGGACUAUUCUUUGGAGAUGCUAUUGUAACAAAUGUGAAAGGAAGAGCUUACUUACCGAUCGUUAAUACGACGGACACUGACUAUAAGGUAGAGAUUCCCUCCUUAGAACUGGAAGACUUUGAUUUGGUUGACCCAAGCAAUAUUGAUACAUGCAACUCAAGUGAUUAUAAAGAAGAAGAAUCUAAAAAUCAUUCUGCCCAGACCCUAGGGCACGGGGCGGACGAUUCUUGUGUGAUAAGAAAUAAAAUUCACGAGUCGAAUGAUACUCUCGUUGGGAAUUCGUUAGCGGAAAACCGUGCUAAACCCGAGUCUGACGGUACUCUCGCUAAGAAUUCGCCCGCGGAAAAUCAUUUUGAAGCAGGACAGCUCACUGAAACCCCCGGGAAAACAGGAGCCGUGGCUGUUUCCAACCUUUUGUAUUUUUGCGAGAUAAAUCAGGACAAUGAGGAUCGCCUUUUUGAAAUAAAAAACUUGUUGCGCUUGGAUCACUUAAACUCAGAAGAGAAAGAUAGUAUCUUGUCUCUUAUUGCUAGACACGCGGAUAGAUUUCAUCUUCCGAAGGAGAACCUUGGAGCGACUAAUGCCGCUGAACACUCUAUACCCACAAUUAAUGAUGUUCCGAUACAUACUAAGCAGUAUAGAUUUCCCCCGGUACAUAAAGCAGAGAUAGACUCUCAAGUCAAUAAACUACUGUCGAGCGACAUGAUAGAAUAUUCUAGUUCUCCGUACAACUCCCCCGUGUGGAUUGUGCCAAAGAAACCCGACUCCCUUGGCAACAAACAGUGGCGAAUGGUCAUUGACUACAGAAACCUUAAUGAGAAAACCAUUGGAGAUGCUUACCCUCUCCCGAAUAUAACAGACAUUCUAGACCAGCUCGGGAGUGCAAAGUAUUUUUCUGUCCUUGAUUUGGCAUCGGGAUUCCACCAAAUCCCUAUGGCCCCGAAAGAUGCGCCCAAAACGGCCUUUUCUACUCCCUACGGGCAUUAUCAGUUUAAGAGGAUGCCCUUCGGAUUAAAGAACGCACCCUCUACGUUCCAAAGAUUAAUGGAUAACGUACUUUCAGGACUUCAAGGAAACGAACUAUUCGUGUACAUGGACGACAUAGUAAUCUAUGCCCGAUCACUAAAGGAACAUGAGGUAAAAUUCGAAAGACUAAUGAAGAGGUUAAAAGCAGCUAAUCUACAGUUACAACCUGACAAGUGUGAAUUUUUGCGUCAGGAAGUCGCCUAUCUAGGGCACAUAAUUUGCGCAGAUGGCGUCCGCCCCGAUCCUAAUAAGGUCGAGGCUGUGAUCAAAUUUCCCGUCCCCAAAAACGUUAAAAACAUUAAGCAAUUUCUCGGACUAGUUGGAUAUUACAGAAAAUUUAUCCCCAACUUCUCAAAAAUAGCGAAACCACUGACAGACCUUUUAAAGAAAGAUACGAUAUUUAAUUGGCAACAGAAACACACCGAAGCUUUUGAUAUCCUGAGACUUUCAUUGUGCUCAGAGCCAAUUCUGCAAUAUCCUGAUUUUAACAAACCCUUUACCUUGACUACAGAUGCUUCCGGAUAUGCGAUCGGUGGAGUCCUCAGUCAAACAUGCACCGGACAAGACCUACCCGUCGCAUACACGUCGCGAACGUUAAACAAAGCAGAGCAGAAUUAUUCCACUAUCGAAAAGGAAUGUCUAGCCAUCAUCUACUGUAUCAAUCAUUUUCGACCCUACUUAUAUGGACGGAAAUUUACGAUCGUAACCGAUCACAAGCCUUUGGUAUGGCUUCACUCUGUUAAAGACCCUUCUUCUAGACUCUGGAAAUGGAGAACAAAACUAGCCGAAUAUGAAUAUGAAAUAAAAUACAAAAAGGGACAAUUGAACUAUAAUGCGGACGCCUUAUCUCGGAACCCUCCAGACGUGGUUGCACUACCACUGAGCACCAACGACGUGACCCCUCCCCGACCUCCCAGCCCCGACGUGAUCAUCGAAGAAUGCAGUGAGAACGGAGAUAGUGAUGACGAAGAUAAUGAAAAUGGGAGCAGCCAUAACGAAUAUGACCCCAACCAAUUCACUGAGACAGAUAACGAAGGCGACGAACCCUCUUACGAAGAAAUAAUCGAACCUACCCAUAUACAACGCAACAUUGUCCCUACGCCUCAAGGAGAACAACCAUUGGUCAGGUUAACCAUAAAGGAAACUCGCGAUAAUUUGCUAGAUCGUCCUGAUAAUCAUGUUAUUUUUAUACAUUUGAAUGGAACACCCUUUGAUAGCGGCGCUCGUGAAUACCAAAAACGAAAUCUGUUACCCAAAUAUCAAAAUCUCAACUACGAGAGAGCCAACGUUAUAAUGCGAAAAAGGAAAUACGUUUUGAUAUCGAUACCAAUAAAAUUUAACCAACGUACUCCAAUUGAACCUCAAACCCUAGAUAAUUCAUUACAAUCUCUUGUCGAUGUUAUAACGGAGUUACAGCUUACGUCUCUUAGCAUCAGCAAGACAAAUUUUUUCGACGAUCUUCCAUGGCAAUACGUGGAAAAACGACUUCGAGCCCACUUGACGGACAUCCCCUUGAACCUUAUCAUCUGUAAAAAUCUAAUACGAACACCUGACCCACAGACCCGAGAGGCAUUGAUAACUGAAAGCCACGCAUCCGCGUGCGGCGGUCACAAAGGAGUGACAAAAACAUAUAAUCGAUUAAGGGUUAACUAUUACUGGAACACUAUGAAAAGGGAUAUUCAAAAAUUUAUUCAACGGUGUCGGCUAUGCCAAUUGAAGAAAUUAACUAGGGUAAAAACCAAGCAACCAAUGAUUAUCACCGACACCCCUGGGGAAGCCUUUGAUAAGCUCUCCCUCGAUAUCGUGGGACCGCUUCCCAUUACAAGGAACGGAAGUCGCUAUAUACUCACCAUGCAAGAUCUAUUAACUAAGUACUCUCUUGCUGUCCCUUUGGGAGAAGCUACCUCCCUGACUAUAGCUGACGCUUUCGCAAAAAAAUUUAUUUGUAUUUAUGGCACACCUAAGGCUAUUCUGACUGAUCAAGGAACAAAUUUUCUGUCAUCGUUAAUCCGUAGUCUCACACGGAGAUUCGGAAUUCAACAUUUUAAGACUACGGCAUACCACCCUCAGUCUAAUGGAUCGUUGGAGAGAUCUCACCACGUGCUAAUGGAAUAUCUACGCACGCAGGUAGAGAAAGAGGAAAACUGGGACGAAUAUAUGGAGUUAGCUAUGUUUUCAUAUAACACUAGCGUUCAUGAGGGAACUCAAUACUCCCCUUUUGAAUUAGUCUUCGGAAGACUAGCUCGAUUGCCCUCAGCACACCUUCCAAUUGACGAAAUUCUCGAGACUACCUAUUACGAAUAUUUAUCUAAUCUAUUUAAUAAAUUACGCGAUUUACAAGAAGACGCUCGACUCAAUCUCACUAAGGCAAAACAGAGAAGUAAGCACUAUUACGAUAAGAAAUCACACCCCCAAAGGUUUGAAGUAGGUUCAUAUGUAUUUCUAUUAAAGGAACCUUUUAAGGGAAAAUUUGCCGCCCAGUAUCGUGGACCCUAUCUUAUUACAGAAAUAUUGCCCAACAACAAUGUCAAAUUGCUAAUUGGCAGGCAAACCCGCAUCGUGCACACGGACAAAUUAAAAAUUGCGCAUAUAGAUCCUGGAUAAAUUUUUAACAUUAAUUUAUAUGUUCACAGAUGCCAACGGCGAACCGCGGACCCUUCAAACUUCUUGAUUUUGCAUCGCCGCCUUCGCUAGUAGUAAAUCACUAUUUGAAUUUCGCUCAAUGUUGCCGAAUCUUCGGUUACAUCGAGCCCGGGAAAAGCACCUGUAUAUGUCAAGAGUGUCUCAUACGAUAUGUUUCCCUUCCAGAUCAAGAAUUCUACGAAAAAACCUUAACCCAUUUUGCCAAAGAUGGACCACAAGAAUUUUAUAUAUACUGUACUAUCUGUCGCGCGGGGCUAUUAAUUCAAAACCCCAUCGCGUGUUGCCCCGACUGUACACGUGCACACGCGCUCAUGUUAUCACAAAUCAGGCUGGAAGGCCGUGAUUACCGAGCCUUGAAUUUUGGAGUAUUCCUCCACGCAGGGCAGGAUUUCCGUGUAUCACCGUCCUGGGAAGUCCUCGUCCAAGGGCAUAACUCUUAAGUAAUACUAUUGAAAUCGGAAUCUUACAGGAUGUGUCCCCCAAGCGUCGGUCGAUCCUACACAGGAUUGCUCCGCAACUACCCAGACAUUUACCAGGUCCGAUGCAUAAAAGGAGCAAUAUACAUCCGGACUGACGUCCCGGAAACAAUUAGGCUAUGCUUGAAUUGCUGGGAGAAAAACCCUAUACCCACAUUUAGCAGGAAUUUUUAUCAUAAUUUUACGUACGGUUACAUAAUCCGCCAUAAAUGUUUUGCGUGUCACGAGUUCCUUGUUGCUGAAAGACCUCUCUCGGAAUGUCUGGAUUGCUUGAUCGGGUACAUAUGUUGUAUAAACCACUUCAGAGCUCAAGGGACGUCCCUUGACCGUAUUACCUUUCUAUUAUUUGACACUAAGCGAUCCGUACUUCUUAGAGGCUUAAUAAGGCCUAGCGACAACGACAAUAUAGGCUCUGAAUCUAGAUUAGAACCAUAUUACAUGUAAACCUUUAGCUAUACUUACUACCGUAAACAAAUAUUAUCUAAGCGUACUCUAUUAUAUAUAUUACAAUACACAACUAUAGAAAUGUUAACUACAAACUUAUUUACAUAAUUAUCCUCGCUUUUAUCGAUACACAUUACGCAUACAAAA